ACACAACAUCGCCCAUUGAAACCCUCGUCCCCAAAUCAUGUCCGUGACGGCGGAUCCGGCCGGCGCCGGCGCCGGCGACGGCGACCGAUCCCGUGGCGGCUGGUCCUUCUGGAACAUGCAGAGGAACCGGGGCCUCUCGGCCGCCUCGACCUCCACCAACUGGGUCCUCUCGGCCACCACGAAGAACGAGGGCUACUCCAUCUGGACCUCCGCGGGCGGCGAGUGGCGUCCCAGGCCCACGGACGCCCACGCCCCGGCGUACUACCACGACCUCGCCGAGUUGUACCUCGAGGCGGCCCGCCGCCUCCCCAUCGCCGACAUCCCGUACCUCGCCGACUGCAUCUCCAUCAGCGGCCUCGCCGUGGGCCUCGCCGACCCCGUCACCAACAUCGUCCUCACCACCAUCAACGCUUUCGCCAAGAGACCGUCCUACGUCCGGCCCCUAAAGCCAGAUGAUGCGCUAGAGAAAAUCAGCAAGAAGACCACCUUCGUCGUCGGCGCUCGCGACUCCCGCACUGGCCUCAUCAAGUUCUUGCUGUGCUACUUCCGCAACCUCACGCAGGAUCAGGCGGAGAAAUGCCUCGACGUGGCCGGCCACCACCUCCCCCUCGCCGUCCGCCUCGUCGAGGUGGGCCGCUGGGGCUCGGAGUCGGAGGUGGUUCCACUGCUGCAGCCGGAUGCCGCCAGGACCAGGACGGCUUUGCGGCAGGCCGCCAAGUGCUCCAACACCGACGGCCUCGUGCGGCUCAUGACGUGGAGGUACCCUCGUCGCCUCCUCGACCCUGUCCUCGAUGAUUUGCGCGGGGGCAAACAGCUUACCGCCGACUGCAUCUACAAGAUAUGUGACCUGCUGCGAUGUUCAUGGCCGCCGGAGCCAACCCCUGCCCCAACUCCCGGCGUUUAUCGGGACAACAGUGGGAACGUCACCACAAUCACCAAGAUCAGGAAAGACGUUUUCGCCACAACCACCGUAUCUAAAGACCUUGUCGCGACGACCACGAUCACCUCAACUUGUCCGAGCAAUGGUGACUGCGCUCGAGACGACGGUGUCCAUCUCUCAACUGAAUUAGGCACAGAGAUAUCCUCCGGUGUGAACAGCACUACAGCAGAGUCUGCUCCUCGGGAGAACCCCGAUUUCCUCCCAUUGUUGAAGAUGUCUCUCCUCGACACCGUGCAUGGCUUCUACAUCGACGCGCUGGGCAUACUGCCCAGUCAGGCGUUACGCGACCGCCACCUCCUCCGUGCUGUCCUCACAGCCGGACAUUGUUAUGGCCCCUGGGACCCUGUGUCAAACAUCAUACUCAACUCCAUCUGGUACGACGCUGUCUUCCCGCUCUCGGACGAUGUCGCCAAUCAGAUUGGAGCAGCUGACAUUCUCGAUGCUCGCUCCAUGACCCGUGUUGAAUCUUGUUCGCUCGACGGCUUGGUUGCCUUUGUCCGCUAUACCUACUCAAUCUCGGAGCAAGAAGCAGUGGUGCUGCUCUGCCAACAUCGCUUCAAUCUCUCAUACAUGUUGCAGGGCCCAAAGAAGAUAUUCUUCAACUUAGCUUCUGCAGUACUGGUUGCCAAACACCCACAGCCUGCUGCCUUUGGGGAUUUCCUCAAUUCACUGACCCCAGCUAAACUUGUUCGCUUGCGCUCCCUUGUAUCCGACAGAGGUCUCGGCUAUGUUCUCUCUGGUGAUACAUUGGUGCGGCUAAAGAAGAUGCUGACCAAUGGAAUAACAUGCGUUGCGGCAGCAGCAGUGCAAAGUAUGGCUCCUGAUCUGCCCCAAUCUGCUUUGGAGACACUGUCUGCUAGGAGGGAGACCUUCAAGUCUCAGCAGGAUUAUGUUCGCACAAAGUUGGAAAGCCUGCUACUCGACUAUGGCCGCAAUAAGGGACACUUAUACAGGCUUGGUAUUGUUUGUGGAGUGACGACAGCCAGAUAUCACCUCUACUCAACUUGCUAUCAUGUAAACUUCCUGGCGAGCACGGAUGUCCCAAAUGAUUCUACCAGACCGUGGGCACUCUUCUUUGCCGAAUUCUGGAGCAUAGUUGAUCUUAGAGUUGAAGAGUCAACAAAUGUGCCUUUCUGCUGCCAUGUGAGAGAUUCCUUUAAUGCGUAUUCUAUUCGCUGCAUCAUUUGUGAUCGUACUUCAUGUAAGAUUGCACAUCCAUCUUGUGAUGAGAAUGUGUAUUUCACGGGCGGUAGCGCUCAGUAUGGCUUUCCGGUACACUAUAAGUGGGAAGCUGAUCUAGGUGGAAUGCUCGAAUCUGACUUCAUCUACUUCGAUCGUGAAAGUGAUGACCAGCUUGCAAAGAUUCUAUCAGAGGCGUCUUGUUCUUCAUCAUCCCCUAAGAAGACCAGACAGGAGUUUACUUGGUCACAGAGGAAUACCAGAGCUAGAACCGAUGCUGGUUUUGGCGUUGCCCCGGUCCCUUUCUAGAGGGUGUAAGUGGUUAUAUUGAGCAAGUAUCCUGGUGCUGGCUGAUGUGAGCUCAUGUGGUACUGAGGUCAGCAAGCACUUUUGUGUAUGUUAUUGCUGUGGGCUUGGUUAUGAUUUAUGAAGAUAUAUGUCAUGUGGCUGCGUUCACUGCUGUAAGACCUUGUGGUUGCAUACAUUCCUUACAAGUAAUGUGCUCAUUUAACA